AAGAGAAAGAAUUAGUUUAUCCGUCAAGUAUCGGGUUAAUUCCUUAAUUAUAUGCUGGAGUGGAUUUGUGUUCUGUUUUUGCAUUGAUUUGUCUUAUAAUUAAUUUUUAGCAACAUAGAAAUAAACUUCUAGUAAAAUAGUAGCAUUGAGGUAUUACCAUUACAUUGUGUGAUUUAGAGAAAAAACAAGAACUUGGUGAACAUUUGCAAUCAUUGAAAAUGGAGGCCGUUCCACGGCUGCAUAUGCUCUGGUUCCCCAGUAAAAGCAGUCCAGAAGGAACUUCAUUCGCUGGACUUAAAAGGUACAUUGCUGAGUUUUAUCAGGAAAAUCCCGAAAGCUAUUCCAAGGAGUUGUACGCUUUGGAAACUUUGCGCAAUCAAGCUCUGAAUACACCUAAGGAUAACUGUGCAAUACUCAAGCGCUACUUUUGCCAGCUGGAGUCUUUGCUCAAUCGUUUUCCCAAAUUGCGUGACAAGAAAGUUGUCUUUCAGUUUACCUGGAAGGAUUUGUACAACAAUAAAACGCAUGAGUUCAAUGACAUCGGCUAUGAGCAGGCCGCUGUGCUAUUUAACAUAGCCACCGCUCACACCCAGGCUGGGGCCUCAGUGAAUCGCACCGAUGUGGACGGCAUGAAGUUGGCCUGUACACAUUUCCAAUGUGCCGCUUGGGCGUUUGGAGAAAUACGCGAACGUUAUAUCAACAUGGAUGAAUUUGGAGAUUGCUUUACAACCGAGUUGUUGGUAUUUAUGCAACAAGUUUCCUUGGCUCAGGCCCAGGAGUGCAUUUUGGAAAAAUCUUUGAUUGACAAUCGCAAACCGAAUAUAGUAGCCAAAGUUACCGCACAGAUUGUAGUGUAUUAUGGCGCCGCAUUGGCUGCCCUGCUUACCGGCGGCGAUGAUGGUCCUGUAGCUUCGGUUGUGGACUCAUCUGUGUACAAGCAAUGGAAAAAAUAUGUACGAUUCAAGAUAUCAUAUUUGCAUUGUAUUUUAUAUUUGUAUCAAGGGCAACAUGCAGAGGAGCAAAGAAAAAUGGGCGAAAGAGUCACAUUGUUUGAGGCUGCUUGGGAAAAACUGGAAGAAGCUCGCAAAGAAUCAAAAGGCCUACCCGAUCAAAAGGAAAUCAAUGAAUCUCUAAUAUUCACCGCUGAUGUCGUUGAGGGCAAACGUAAAAAUGCAAAAAAUGAAAAUGAAUUCAUCUAUCACGAAACCAUACCCGAAUUGACAACCAUAAGUGCUGUUCAAGGUGCCAAUCUCGUCAAUGGUAUAAGCUUCUCCGUCACCGAUCCUGAGGUAGCCGGUGAGGAUAUAUUUGCCCGUCUCGUACCCAUGAAAGCCCACGAGGCAAGUUCUAUGUACAGCGAAGAGAAAGCCAAGCUUUUGCGCAAGUACGGUGGCAGAAUCGAAGAAAGAGAUGGUGAGUUGGCAAGUUUUAUGAGCUCUCUGACUUUGGACAAUCUCAAUAUCAAUGAGGAAAAGGCCAAUAAAAUACCCCAAGGCAUUGUGGAUCGUUGUGCGGCAUUAAAUGCCAAUACAAAGGCCAUACCAGAAUUGGUAGCCUCCAUGGCACGUUUGGCUGAUAUCUGCUCUGAUGUUGAGUCUAAUUUAAGUGAGAUAUCUGCCAUUUUGUCCCAAGAGGAUAAAGAGGAAAAAGAAUUUCAACAACUCACUGGGGUGCAACGUACUCCCAAUGCUCACAUUACCGAAUUAUCCCGGGAAUUUCAAAAAUAUACAGAAGCCCAUAACCGUGCAGGAGAGUCCAAUGAUACGCUGCGAAAAGCCAUGGAACUUCAUAUCAAUAAUUUGAAAAUAUUGGCCAAGCCAUUGCAAGAAAUACAACAAUCGGUGCCAAAAUUGAGUUCUGAACUCAACACAACCGAAGUGUUUAAGGAUGUCAAGCUAAUUGUGAACAAAGUUAACGAAAUGAAGGCACAACGUUCGCAAUUUCAUGCCGAUUUACGCAUAGCCGUCAAUGAGGAUGACAUUACAAGCAAAAUUAUUGCCCAUGAUAGUGAGGAGGAAAUGCAGGCCUUAUUCGACCGUGAAUUGGCCAAACAUGAGCGCUUAACACAGUUGAUUGAUCAAAAUCUUUUGGCUCAAGAUAACAUUCUAAAAGCCUUGACAGAGUCAUAUGCUAAGGCAGCACCCGUGUUAAAGACUUUAGCUGAUGUCAAACAUAAGAGGGAAAGUUUCUUUGCCUCUUUGGCAGCUUCCUACGAUGUUUAUGAAGACUUAUUGGCCAAGUCGGCAAAAGGAUUGGAAUUUUAUAAUAAAUUAUCAGCAAAUGUCCAAAAGCUAUUGUCACGUUGCAAAUCUGCUCGUGAUGUACAAUCUGAGGAGCGUCAACAGCGUUUGAAGAGUGUGGCCAAUAAACCUUCUGCAUCACCCUUACCUACGGAUACAUACAAGCCAAACAACGCCCCCACAGUAUCUGGGACAUCUAACACUCCCAAGUUGCGAGAUUACUUGAAAGCGAAAAAUGCCGCUAAGGAGAAAAAUGCCGCUGGUAAUAUGGUUAAUUCGGUUUAUCCUACAGGAACUCAAUGCAUUCCACCCGUUCGUCCAAAUCCUUUGGGUUCGGAAAAUCCUUCUCAAGCUGCUUGCUCGGGCAGUGCUUACUACGCUAACUCGCAGGGAAAUGUUUCGGGUCCACCACCGCCACCAUCUGUCGGUCCCAAUGAGCCUCCACCACCCUAUAGUCUGCAACAAACGCAAUAUUAUGAUCCAAAUGCUGCGGGCUACACAAAUCCCAUGUAUUAUCAAUAUCAGCAAAAUGUAGCUCCACCGGCUUAUAAACCGCAGGCAUCACCCAAUUCCCAAUUUUCUGCGUUGAAUUCGAAUAUGGGAGGCCUUAGCGCGCAGCACCAGCAGCAGCAGCUUCCACAACAACUGCAAUCGGCUAAUCCUUCAGUGGCUGCAGUCUAUAAUUCUUCUGGUUACAACGUAGCAGGGGGAAAUACUGCCCAACAGUCUAACAGCUUCAAUGUAAACAAUACGGCGUAUACACCCUCGGCUGCUGCAGGAAAUUUGACUCAAAAUAACUACAAUAUCACUUCUCAAGCCAACAAUCAACAACCAAUGUCAGCUUACAACGUCAUGAAUGCUGGCCAACAACAAUAUGGGACAGCAAAUUCCCUUAAUAAUGUUUCGCAAUCGAACUAUCAAUCAUCUGCGGGCUCCAUGGGAAGUAAUAUGCACGUUUCCUAUACACAAGCAUAUACUUUGCAAACGCCACUUCAAAACUCAACACAGAUCUAUAAACAACCGGUGGUGACCACAGCUUCUGCGGUGGCACAGCAACAAUACGCGUAUGGAAACAGUGUAAAUUACCAACAAGCGCCUAUUCACAAUCCAUAUAACAACAGUUCCACUCCCUCCUUACCAAAUAAUGUACCUCCCAGUCAACCAUUAUAUGUGGCCACAAAUCAAGCUGCACCAUCUGCAUUACAGGCACCAUAUAUUGUCAACAAUCAACAGCAGCAACAGCAGCAACAACAGCCUAUGCCAACACCAACACCGCCGGUGGCUGGUGCUCAAGUACCAGCAAUGAAUACGAAUUUGAAUCCCUUGCCUAUGUCUACUGCUCAAUCUAUAGCAUCACAGAAUACUUUGAAUACCGUCUCAAAUGUUUCCACUCCCGGAGCAAUGUCAGCUGGUUCGGUGGCAUCAUCCUCCAACAAUGUUGUAACCACCAGUGUUGGAGGUGUUUUAAGAAAAACCUCUUCAUCGACCAUGCAUCCCGGCUAUAGCUAUAAUCCUCAAAGUGGGACUUUUGAUUAUGGCAGCGGUUAUCAUCAGACUGCAGCCAGCAAUAAUCUUUUCUAUGGUCAAUAUACCACAGGAGCUCAGCCAAUAAACUCGCAAGUUGGUACAACAGACUCGCAAAGCUCGGGAAAAUCAAAUUUGGCAACUGGAUUUGAUUCGCCCAUAAUAUCCCACACCAAGACAACAGGAAUUACAGGUAAAACGAAUGUAACUCCUGCUUCAGAAAACUACUACAAUCCACCCUAUGGUUAUCGCAAGAACAGUAUGGGAUCGGUGAUAUCAUCACCAAAUCCGGAAAAUAAUGUACAGCCUCCUCAACCAGCGGCUGCUUUACAUCCACAAAUCAGCAACACUUUGGCGCAGCAGCAGCAGAAUUUUUACCAGCAACAUCAGUCAACCACUUAUAUGCAAAGUGGCAUGGGUACCAUGGCCAAUACCCAGACGACCAAGAGCGUCAAUACCUAUGCCACCAGUAGUCAACAGGCUCCUUCUACACCCAAGCAUCAGCAGCCAAAUGCUACGCCAACGCCACCUGCAGCAGCCAAAUCUACCCUAGCGCCUGCUGCAACGAAGAAGACUUCCAAUAUUGAUCUGCUUACCGACAUAGAUUUCUCGGGAGCAAUUUCGGCACCACCACCAAUAUUGCCAGAGCCCGCUUUGAAACCCAUAGUGGUGCAUAGCCCACCAGCCAGUCAAGUAUCAGCCCCCAUUGAACCAUCACCCAGCAAGAACACAGUGCAGCAAUUACCAUCUCCAGAAGUUGAUGAAAAGGCCAAACAUGUGGAGGAUUAUGUCAAUUCUUUGAACACUUCUGUCCACGAACUCACCUCACCUGUGGACUCUCCAGUUGUUCGCAAAGCUAGCUUCGACAACCUAUCCAAUUGUUCUGAUCUUAGUUCCCUGGAAAAUUUUGAUUGGGAUUCCGCUUCAAUGCGUGGUGGCAUGGAUAAACAAUCCAUGGUCAAUGAUAAACAUUCCUUAAAUUCGACCAACACAACAUUCCAAUUAAAACCCAUCGAUCCAUUUGCAGAUGAUAAAGUUUUAAAAUAUUUCCACAAAGAAGUGGAACGUUUUGAAAAAAUCGUCGACUCAUUGAAUGUGAAAAUGUUAAAUGGUCACACCUCGUUGUCCACCAAGUGGAAGGAGCUGCAAGAUUUAUUGGCCAAAGAUGCCAGCAAUAGAACUACCAGUAUAGCUAAAUUAUUUCCGGAAAAAAAUCGUUCUUUGGAUUGUUUGCCUUAUGAUCAUGCUCGUGUCAAAUUGGAUAAAGAAACUGAUGAUUAUAUAAAUGCUGCCUAUGUCAAAAACUUGGGAAGCGGUUGUCCAAAUAUGAUAAUAGCCCAAACACCACAACAGAAUACGAUCAAUGACUUUUGGUCCAUGAUAUGGUCACAAAAACCUCGAACUGUACUCAGUUUGCACACUCCAAAUGAGAUGUUGGAUCCUUUUUGGCCUCAAACUGUAGACAAAGAAACGCAUUUUGAUGAUUUCACCGUAAAAUGUGUGAAAAUCAUACAACUGUCAUCCUGUGUGGAAUAUCAACUCAAUCUUAGCAUGCUGGGUUCGGAUGUUAUCAUAGAAUUGGCUAUACUACAAAUAAAGACAUGGACUAAGAGUACUCCCUCAAUGGUUGUGGAUAUUGGCCGUAAUGCCAUACAGGCACAUCAACAGCGUUGUUUAGAUUUCAAAGAUCCCAACUCACCGCUGAUUAUGCAUUGCCUAACAGGAUCCGAGAGGUCAGAGUUGGUGGCUGUGGCCAUAUCAGCCAUUUUGGCAACACAAAAUAAACGACCCGUUUUGAUAAAUGUGGUUGAUGUUUGGCUGCGCAUUUGCCAACAACGUCAGCAGGCUCUUAGGGAUGUGGAAACUCUGGAGCAAUCAUUGCAAAUUGUUUUGAAUCAUGCCCAUGAUGUUCUAAACAAAAGAGGUAUUAUGACAUCUUAUCAGAUGAAAAUUGCACCCCAAGUAACCGCCCAAGAGAAGCAAGCGACCAAGGAUCCUCUGAAUGAUUUGGAUGCCUUAUGGAAAUUAAAAUCAUAAUCGCAGAGUUAAAUUUUAACAACCAUAAGAUUUCUUUGAAAAUGGACUUUACACGAACUAUUUUAUAUGUUUAUUAAUUUUAAGAAACGAACCAACCAACAGGCAUAACGAAAACCUUGUGAAGGUCAAACUCCCCCCCCCCCCCCCCAAGACA